AAACAAUAAGUACAAUAUAAUAAAUAUUGGCUGUCAUUUUUACGUGUACAUACAAUUUUCCCAUAAUUGUUUUGAUACUUUGUGUAUUUUUUAAAUUCCCACUGUAAAAUGGCAGUAAAUAUUAGUUCAAUGGUUAUAUUAAACAAUAUAAUAACCACUCAACUGGACUUGGAAGAAUUAAAACUCAACAUCGACGAUAUGUUUUUAGUUAUCAACGGAAUAAUUGUAUCUUUUAUGCAAGUAGGAUUCGCAUGUUUGGAAGCUGGAUGUGUGCAGCCCAAAAACGUGACAAACAUUUUGAUGAAAAAUAUAUUGGAUUUAUUCAUCUGUGCCCUAUCUUACUGGCUGGUGGGAUACGGGUUGGCGUACGGUGGCGGUGGUUGCAGAUAUUACGGCAAGGAAUUCUUCGCGGGCGUCGGCAUGCCAUCUGGCCAAAACGGCGUGUGGUUCUUCCAGUACGUGUUCGCAGCGACAGCGGCAACCAUCAUAUCGGGAGCUGUGGCUGAGAGGUGCAAUUUCAUCGCUUACAUAUUAUACAGCAUUAUCGUAUCGGGUGUGACAUAUCCCAUCGCCUCGCACUGGACUUGGUCACCCGACGGUUGGUUACUGAAAAUUGGGUAUUCCGAUUUUUCCGGGGCCGGGACCGUGCACUUACUGGCUGGCACCUGUUCGUUCAUUGCAGCCUUGUUCAUCGGCCCCCGGAACGGACGUUUUAACACCAUCGCUCCGAACGAAUACAACGGACACUCGAUGCCGCUAGUUGCCACGGGGACCCUGUUGCUCAUAUCAGGAUUCCUGUCGUUCAAUGGCGCGUCCCUGGGCCACAUUACUAAACCCGGCGAUGGAGUCAUAGUGGCAAAUAGCGUGGCCAACACCAUUUUUGGCGGUAGUGGCGCGGCAGUGGUCAUACUGAUUAUGGCCAAAGCUGGUCUCAUUGGCGAGUCCAGGUGGCCGUUCGCGAUGACCAUCAACGCUGUCUUAAACGGAAUGGUUUCGGUGUGCGGAGGUGUCAACGAGUACACACAUUUUUCUGCUGUGCUGGUCGGCAUGAUUGGUUGUAUCAUUUACUUAGUGUUGCAAUGGGUUGUUCCCCGUUUAAAAGUGGACGAUCCGCUCGAAACGACUGCCGUCCAUUUUGGAGGUGGAUUGUGGGGAGUGAUAGCUACGCCACUUUUUGUGAAAGGAGGAUUUUGGAACAACCCCGAUUCUAUGCCACUAUUGAAAUCAAAUCUAAUUGGUGCCGGAGCGAUUAUUGUUUGGUCAAUAGUAAACAGUGCAAUAUUGUUCGGAUUUCUUAGAGUGUUUGACCUGCUUCGAGUGUCCAAAGAAAAAGAGAUUAUCGGUUUGGACAUGAGUCUUCACAAAGAACAAGCGUACCCGGUGACCAACAUUUGUAUUGAAAACGGACAUAAAAAUAACAAAACCACAGUCAUCAGACACGCUUACGACAAUGUGGCGAUGCAACACACCCUACAACAAUGAGCAGAUAUCUCACCCUUUGAGUUUAUUUAUGUAAUAUGUGCAAACGUUGAUCAAUAAUACAUAUUAUAAUAUAAUAAUAUUAUGAUAGGUGUAUUAUAUAUAUUAUACAUUUAUAUAAUACAUAUAAUGUUGAAUGUUCUACUGGCCAAUAUAAUAUCACGGUAUACCUAGGUGACAUAGGUAAUAAUAUAAUAUAUUAUUUAAAUAAUUUAUAUUAAUUUAUUAAGUAUUAUGUAUUUAUAUGUUAUAUAUAUGAUGGUACCACAUGUGUUGCUCAGGCCACCCGCCCACAGUGGCGUGCCCAUUGGUAGGGAGGUAAUUGCGAUUAUAUCCCCCCUCGGCCCUCAUUGUAAUUUGUAUUUUUAGCCGACCUACUUAGAACUUAGUAUAGAACUGUUAUUAAUUAUUAUACCUACUUAAUGUACCGACUACGUUCCGAGCUUCCAUGUACAUAAAGUAAUAAUCAGGUACAUACUGCAGCUGAGAG